CUCCUCUGAAAAAAAAAAACUUCCUUCUUUCGGUGCUCAAGACGCCCCAUCUCCCCUCUCGUCGUCUUCUCUCUCAUCCCAUCCUGUGCCAAAACAAAACGAAAAAAAAUACUCUUCCUGCAAGCUGCUAGCCUAGAGCGAGAGGGGAAAAAAAGAAAAGAAAAGGAAAAGAAAGGGGGGUAAUCUCCGGAACCAUCUAGAGACAGCGAGCGGCGCGUGGAGCGGAGCGGAGCGAGCAAGCCUACUGCGCCGGUGGUGGUGGUGGCGGCGGCGGCCGCGUCCUCACGAAGCAGAAGCGGUUAAGAUCCAUCCAUCCAUCCAUCCAUCCAGCCCGUUCUUGAGUUCUUCGCUCCCUCUUUUUCUUUGCUCGUUUCCUGGACGCGAAUUCUUCGGGCGUCGGCUUUGAGGUUCUGAUCCGCAGCUCUCGAUUCCGGAAGGAGUUGGUCAAGAACUGGGGAUCCUGAGUUGAAUAUGAUAUCAAAUCCGGUGGACUGGUAUAGUUUCGGACCCGGAUAGAAUUCGCAGGGAUGCCAGAUUGGAGGGUGCGUGAGUUUGAAGGUAAAUUCACUGAUGAGUUUGCCCACAGUAAUGGCAAGGAACAUGAAGGUGGAGUUGAGGCUCCAGGUGUCACUAGUAGUAAGAAGUUGAAGCAUGCAGUCGCCAAUGAGAAAGCCCAAGGUCCCAUCCCCAGAACGAAUAGCUCAGAUUCACAGAAAUGUAAUUUAGAGGACAACCAAUGUGAGAACGGGAUAGUAUCCCAGAAUAUAAACAGUGCCGCUGACUGCAUAGGAGACUGCAAAAAUGGUUCCAAUGCCUUUCUUUCAAGAGAAGAAAAUACAAUCGUUGAAACCAGAUGUCCAACAGAUAACUGGAACUCCUGUCAGUUUGCACUGAGCAAUGGUUCGUCCAUUCUCAAUAACCACAGUGCUCCACAGGAUAGCCUCACUUAUGGAGAUAAUGAUCUAAACUACAUCGAUUGGCCUGGCAUUGAUAAUUUUGAGGAUGUCGACACAUUAUUCAGGUCAUCUGAUUCCACAUAUGGUCAGCAGCAGCUGGAGAAUGCAGAUGGGUUAUCUUGGAUUCCUUCUUCAGAUGCUGUUUACUCUUCUGAUGUUGCUAUGCAGCAAGGGUUUGACUCGUCUUAUUCAGAUUAUGGUAUUUUGGAUGAUCUCUCAGCAUUCCAUUGUGCAGAAGAUAAAUCACUACCCUCAGUUGAUCCUUCAUCAGCUUUAUGUGAUAAUCAAUUCAAUGAUACCUACCUGUUCAGUGAGCAAAAGAAUGUGAAUGCAUAUGGUGAACAGAUAUACCAAGAGGAUGUGAUGGAGUUGUUGCCCACUGACCAGAUAUGCAGUGGACAUGAAAACAUUGAUAUGUUGCAGGUUGGAAACCAGUAUUCAUCUGAAAAUGCAAUUCAAGGUAUUGAAGACAAGAAAUUCUCUAUAGCGUCAACUUCUCAGCUGAGCUCCUCUCAGAAUUUACUGAAUCAAAGGCACCACUUAAAUUCCAGUUCACCAAGCAACAUUACUUCUGAGUCCUAUGCAGAAAAGUUUGGUCCAUCUAGCGGUUCUUUUGCACAAAGGAAUUCAAAAGCGCAGAAGAAAACUUUGAACAUGCAACCAAGACAGCCAACAAAUGAUAAUGACAUAAACAGACAUCCUCAAACAUUGACAAGAAGAGCUUCUUAUCCUUGUGAGAACUAUGAAACUGAAAGAAAAGGAUUAGGGAAAAGAACUCUGGGGGAUCCUCAAGUUACAAUGGGUACUUCAAUGGUAGUGGAUGGCUCAUUUGUAUCAUCUGUGUCCUCUGAUAACUCAGUUGAAGAAAGCAGCUUUCGACAACUGCAGGAUGCUGUUAGUCAGCUGGAUGUGCAAACCAAAUUGUGCAUUAGGGAUGGUUUAUACCGAUUGGCACGAAGUGCGCAACAUAGGCAAGUUUUUCCAAAUAUGAUGAACAACAAUGGAGAUAGCCAGGAUGUAAAGGAUUUGCAGAAUGCAGAAACUUCACACAAGUUCGUCGAUCCCCGGAGCAUCGAGACGCAGACAAACCCGAUCGAUCGGUCUAUAGCUCUGCUACUUUUCCACCAGUCAUCGGACCAGGCGGCUGUAGCUGUCGACGAUGCCUCGUCACUAAAAUCCCCUGCUGGUAACAAACAGCACCCGGGCCCUGCCUCUAACCAAGGCCUGAUGCCAGCUUCAUCGGUGUAUUCCCCAGGAGGUCAGGGGACCCCCAAGGAUGUACAGUCCCUGGACAAGUACUGAAUUUGUGGCGCUGCUCUCCAUGACCUGGUUAAAGCGCCAUGAUGUGGAGCGUUCAACGUCCGUGAUUUUCAAUGCAAUAUUUUUACAGACGUAUGGGGGGGCUUUCACAUGAUGUUUCUAGGCUUAUAUGUAAAAACAAGCAUAUUGUGUACCCAGUAGUCUGUAGUCGGUUCCAAUCACAUUGGUUUUGACAUAUGCUUGUAUCCUAUUGUUAGACGGCCGCUGUGCUCCCUAGUGAGUGUUGACUCACAUUUCUUGUGUAAUUUAAAAAGAAAAAAUUCUUUUCCCCUAGCUAUAUAACCUUUGAACUGGUGCACAGGA